AUGUCCUCCUCACUUGGUCCGGCCGUCAGACUCAUUGCAAAGACAAGCAAGGCAAAAAAUUCGCAAACCAAUCCUCAAGUCCAAUUGGGAAGUCUACUCGUGACGUGCAUCGUAAAGCCCGGCGUCAGUACUCAAAGCGAAGGCAUUAGAGACGUUACAGAACAUGGUGUACAUAUCUCCGUGGCUGCUCAGGCGCGAGACGGUGAAGCCAACGAAGCCGUUCGCAAGCUUUUCGCAAAGGCUCUUGGAGUGCCAAAGUCGGAUGUUGAAGUCACCAAAGGGCUAAGGUGUCGAGAAAAGACGCUGAAAGUAGAUAAUUUUCUCACAAAAUCGACAACAGUGGAGGCAGAAAUUGCCAGAAUUAGGUCUCUAUUGCAAAGUAGUACUGAUGCAAACUAG